AUGGCGAGCAUUUCAUUGAUUGUUGCAGUACUUGUUGCGAUCAUGUGUGUGUGUGAAGGAUCGGCUUUGAGGCGUAAUUUCUACAAGAAGAGCUGCCCUUCGGCUGAGGCCACAGUUGAACUUGUGGUGGAAAAAUACAUAGCCAAGGAUCGAACCCUUGCGGCUCUUCUCUUACGGAUGCAUUUUCAUGAUUGUUUUAUUCGAGGCUGCGAUGGAUCAGUGCUUCUGAAUUCUACAACCACCAACAAAGCAGAGAGAGAUGCCAUCCCAAACCUGCGCCUGCGCGGAUUUGAAGUAAUUGAUGAUGUGAAGGAAGAGUUAGAGAAAAAAUGUCCAGGUGUUGUUUCAUGUGCUGACAUUCUUGCACUGGUGCACAUACCGUCGGAAUCGGCCACUGCACUGAAUUUAGCAACAGGCUAUACAACUUCACAGGAAAAGGAGACACAGACCCUUCCCUAG